GCGAGCACCUGCUAUGCGACAGAGGCGUGAGCUUUUUAUACAAGUCAUAAAAGCAAGCGUGCAAGCUAGAAGGUAAACCUCUCGGCUGGAAGUGAAGAGAAGGAGAAGGAAAGAAGAAGUGGAGUCUGAAAUUUUAAGAAUCAUACAAAGAACCUUCAAGAAGCGAGAGAUCUGCUUUAUAGACCAUGUCUCUGGACGUGAAGGAGAAGACCCAGGUGCGCCUGGUGUUCAUGGGGGCAGCAGGCGUAGGCAAGACUUCUCUGAUCCGCCGCUACCUGAACGACUCGUUCGAGACCAAACACAGACGCACGGUGGAGGAGAUGCACAGCAAAGAGUACGAGUUCUCCGGCGUCAAGGUGACGGUGGAGAUCCUGGACACCAGCGGAAGCUACUCGUUCCCGGCCAUGCGCAAGCUCUCCAUCCGCAACAGCGAUGCCUUCGCGCUCGUCUACUCCAUCGAUGACGCAGAGUCCCUCGAGACAGUCAAGAACCUGCGUGAUGAGAUCCUGGAGAUCAAGGAGGACAAGCUCACGCCCAUCGUGGUGGUCGGGAACAAGAGCGACCGCAACGAGUCCAGGCAGGUGAGCUCCCAAGAUGUCCUGGCUAUGGUGGAGCUGGACUGGAACAACAACUUCCUGGAGGCAUCGGCGAAAGAGAACGAGCAUGUCGCGGAGGUGUUCAGAGAACUUCUCCAGCAGACCAACCUGCCCAGGCGGCUGAGCCCGGCGCUGAGACGUCGCCGGGAGACGUUUCCGAAAGACGCAGGAUUCAGGCCGCCCAUGAAUAAGACCAACAGCUGCACGGUGUCCUAACCUCAGACUUCUGACAAGAUGAGGACGUUUCUCCAGGAGGGAAGGUCUGCAGGACGGACCACGCCUCCAUACUCCAUCCAUGUUGGUCUCUCUGUUUAAGAACAGUGAGAGCUUCGUUCUUUCAUGCAGGAGAGAAAAAUGAACAAAUGAAAAGUAAAGAAAAAAAAACACUGAGCAAGGGGUGAGAGAGGACCUGAAGAAGGAAAAAAAUGAAUAUAAAGCUAAAGAACUGGCAAAGAAACUCUUUGAAAUGUGUGAGCUGCUCUGGGGAAGACCCUCGAUCAAUGUGUUCAAAAUAUUUUGCAGAUUUGAUUGUGAUCAUGAGCGUGUGAGAAGCGAUUAGACGCCAUGCUGAAAUGUCGCCUGGGUUCCUCAGGUUCAUCAAGAAUUAGCCAGGGGUUUCUACAGUCGGCUACUAAUAGAGGGUUAAAGGGUUUAUAUAAGGAGUUAUAACCCGAAAUGUAGAGUCAUGUGAAAUUAAAGGAUUUGAUCUAAAGGAUGGAAAUUCAGCACAUCAAACAAAUAUUUCAAAAUAGUAUGUUUAUGCAUUAGAUGACCAUUUCAGGACUAAAAAAUUAUAAAAGCUUAAUUAAAGAAAAAAAUAAUUGAUGGUACAUAUUAAACUAACAUGCUUAACAGGUGAAUAGAAAAUAUUCCUGCAAAAGAAAAAGAAAUUGUAAUUGUGCAUCUAAAAAAAGCUAUGUAUUACAUCAUUAUAAUUAUACAAAUAUAAAUAUUAUGUAUUUUACAUACUCAUGUGUUCACUGAUUCUGUUUUAAGAUUGUAUGGAAACAAGUUAUCCUUAUUAUGUUUACAUGAACAGAGAGAGAAAUGAAAUAUCAAAUGUGUAAAAAAAAAAAAAAAAAAAAAACUUAGAUUAUUCACUGUUUGAUGCAUUUCUCAUUUUUACACUUGUUCUCAUGAACUUUGUCAAGUAUGUUUUUUUUAAGUGGAAGUAAAUUUUUGUGUCUUUUUUUAUAUACACAUGUGUGUGCAUGUAUAAAAUGUGCUUCAAAGAAGUAAUAAACUCUGAAAGUGUUUUAAUGUUUUUUUAAGGAGUGUACUCUU